AUGGUGUUUCCGGAGCUCGUUGCGCCCGCUCUCGGCGGGACUGGCCUUUGGCUCUCCACCUUCAUCGAGACCGUGCCUCUCUUUCUCCUCUCACUAGGCCUUUUUCUGGUCCUCGAGCUAAUCCGCCGGCGACUCUUUCAAGCAAUAGGCUACCCGGAAAUUAUGUCAGCCGAUACUGUAACAAAUCCCUUCCCCGAGCGACCCAUCCGUCCCUUGCCCAAGCGGCGACUUCGAGAACGCCUAUCUCCCGAUGUUGCCGAUGCGAUUGAGUACCCACCCCUGCCGUCCUCAACAACUCCGCUCUUCAGCUAUUCUUGUGCUUCGAAGGAUGAAGACCUCGAGUCAACGGGCAUAGCUAGCCGGGAACGCGGAGCGGUCAGCGUUGAGGGUGGCUAUGUCGCACGCAGCAUCGAGAGUGACGGCGAUGAUGCAAGCGGUAGAAGAACACUCGUUGCUCGUUCAUCCUGGAGAGCAACGGCGCGAUCACGCCAAGCCCCAAGACAGGAUGCAUCUCGUGCUCAGAACGCUCAACCACCACCUUCGACCGACUCUUCUGCGGACGGCUAUGAUUCGUUUGAGAACACGAACAACAAAAAGAAGCGCAAGAUACCGACCACCGGGGACUUGUCUCUAAACGGAAGCCACGGCAUGAACGACGGUGCCGUGGCUUCCAGCCCGACGAGCGACUUCCAUGGUGAUGGAUCAGGCGUGGCGACAGCGUACCACGGAUCUGGUGGAUUUAUCUCAAGUUCGCCAGGUAUAUCUGGACCAGGAAGAGGCAGGUAUGGGCGGAGCAGGACCGGCAGGAGCCCUCUUCGUGCUUUGUCCGAUGCCAGCAACAACUGGGCAGGCAGGGGCGGCAAGUUCCGCCCUUCACAAUGGGCAAUGCAAACAGGAGAGAAUUCUGGUAUCAUCUCAAACGCCAUCGCCAAUGCUGAGAAGCUCCCAUCGCAGCAUGGUCAAGAGAAUGUCAGCCUCCUUCAACAACGCCAAUUAAGCACCAAGUCCAGUCCUGCUUCUACCCAAUUCACCUUUACCUGCGACUCCCAGGUUCCAGGCAAUCUCACCUGGCCUGGACCAGAGCACGGAACGGGCCUUCCGCCAACCCAUGCAGCUGAGCCACAGUGGGUGCAGGACCGUUUAGUCGGCAAGGACAUGGCUCCAGCACGCACGUCAGGGCCCAAUAACAUGGGUCAACAAGCCCCCAAGCAAGGAACAGGAAAGAAGAAGUCACGAAGGAAGCUCAUGAACGAACUGCAGAGGCAAGCGCAGGACCGACAACGAGAGCAGGCUAUGAAAAACUACGAGUCACCGCCAAAAGAUGGAGAAGACCUCUACGUCUGCCCCUAUUGCGAGUUCGAGAUGCUCAUCGGCCACAAGCCUCGAGCUUUACUCUACGACUUCGAGAUGAAGGAGAGAAAGAAGCGUCUGGAGGAGGAACGAAGGCGCCGACUGUUGGAUAAGGCCAAGGCUAGAGGCCGCAAGGGCAGGAAGGCCAAGUCGGCCGGCAAAACCAGUGGCGUCACCGAUGCCCAGUCUUCUGCCGGUCAGCAAGCUCCCCCGAUGCAGCCAAGCCACAGUCAGGACACCCGCAGUGAAGGUGACGAAGAGGAGGAAUAUGUCGACGGCAGUGAGGAUAGAUCUGGCGACGCGCCACAGCCUGGCGUAACAACGGAUCUGGGACAAAACACUGCACUUGCCGAGCGUUCGGCGAAGGACGACGGAGGGGGUCAUCCUGGAGGUGGUACUGGAGGGGAACCAGGUACCACCUGA